UUAUUCCAUAGGCUUCCAAGCCUUGUGAAUUACCAGCUGCCUAGAGCAUUAUCUCUUUUGAGUCCUGCUGCUCAGGUAUACUGAUCAUGAAUGUACUUCCGUAAAUCCUUUAUUAAGCCCCCCCUCUCUAAUAACCCCCCCCCCUUUUCAGAGGAGGAAAGUUAAUAAGCCCCCCCCUCUCUCUUAAGCCUCCCCCCUCCCCCUCCCCUCCAUCCUUAUUCAGUCACAAACAAUUAACAUGUACUUAUCAGUUAUGGUUUAUUCAGGCUGGAAAUUCAUAUUGUUUUUGGCCUUCGGCUGCAUGACCUCCAACUUCAUGUGCUUAACUUUUUCAACUUUAUGCUCUAGUUCUCUGUGGAGAAUUGUUACCAUUUUCUUAUUGUUAGAAAAAGCAGUAUAGCGUCUGGUAACCACAAUUCCGUCGUCGAGAAACCUUGCUGCCGUUGAUGCAUUUCGCUAAAUUAAACAAGCCCCCCCCCCUUUCUAUUAAGCCCCCCCUCAAACGUGCUUGAAAAAAAUAAGCCCCCCAGGGGGCUUAAUAGAGGAUUUACGGUAUUUGAAAUCAAUGGUAGUUCACCUUUCUUUGUCCUGCUUACAAAAAUAUUAUGUUUAUUGUCAAAGAUGAAUGCUGACGUGUUGAUUACAGCCCUCCUUUUGAUCAACAAUUUUUGUCAUUAAAAUUAUAAUAAGCCCUUGUCCNACAAUAAUGUACAAUAGUUUGUUGUUUUGUGAGUUCCAGUUAGAAAGGGAGAAUUUCUCUCAAAAUGUAUUUUUUCAGGUUUUUUUGGAAGAAAGUUAUGAUAAUUUAGUUUUUUUCAACAGAAUUUAAAUUUUAUUCAGUGAUCGCAUUGUUAUUAUGUACAUGUUGCCCAAGAAAUAUUGGUCCUGCCAAAAUCUUUGAGCAUGGUAACAUUGCAAUUAUUUUUUUAAUCUGUGACGUCAGAGGGUAACAGUACACUGUUACCCACGGAUGUUGACUGACGACUGCCGUUACAGCCAGGUUUAAUGAAUUUCCAGAGAUUUGAGAUUCUUGGGAAACAAAAUUAACUGUUUCCCUCGGGACUGGUCAUUAAGUGUUUAUUAUUUAAAAAUGUCCAGAGAACAGAUUGGAGAACAAAGCCAUUGAUUUUUGCGAUUAAAAGGUGUUGUUCUACUACUGCAUGUCACUGUUUUUGUUCUGUUUUCACAGGAAGAUGACCUGGAUGUAAAAGAGUCAGGAGAUUUUUCUAAAUUUCGAUUAUCAGAAGAAACCAUAGAGCGGCUAAGAGGUUAAUGAUUCUUUUUUGUCUUUCUCUUUUUUUUUUCUUUAUAUUGUUUACAUUUUUUUUUUCUGUGAUGCCAUAAUGUGACAGCCUGCUAAUAAUAACAACAUUAAUUUUCUUUUGUCUUUUUUUGCAGAGAAUAAAAUAAACUAUUUAUUCCCCAUUCAAAGUGAAACUUUUGAUUACAUCUAUGAUGGACAAGAUAUAAUCGGACAAGCAAGUAAGACUAGGAUGGUUUAUGUUUAGCCUUCAUUUUUCUUAAGGUGUUUGAAUAUAUCAAAGUGCACUGCAUGCAUCGUUCUUAUACCAGGGCUCAGUUGUCCAGAUUGUCUAUAAAAAAAAGAAUGUUUCUUUUAUCCUUUACUAUGAUUGAUUGAUUUCUAGCCCUAAUUUAUAUAUAAUUAGGGCUGGGAGACAAAGGAAAUUGAUAAUCAACCCAGAUUAAAAGAAUUUUUACCUGAAUUUAAUUUUGAGCUGUAACAUAUUUUAAAACUUUUUAAAAUUUAAAUUUCUUUAUUUUAUUUCUUAUUUUAUUUUAUUUUCACUUUAGGAACUGGGACAGGAAAAACGGUAUGCCAAGAUUAAUUUUUGUGCUUUUCAAAAUGUGAAUAAUAAAAAUAGACCAAACAAUUUAAUAACAGAAUUUGAGUCAAUUUACUUGUUACAACAAAGUAUAUCAACUUUAACUCUUAAUAUAACUUAAAUGUGCAUUGUAAGUUUGCAGCAUCAGAUUUAUAGUUAACUGUGUUGUUUUUAUGGUAUUUACAGCUCUCAUUCGCCCUACCAUUAGUUGAAAAACUCAAGUUAGAACAUUUGUCUAAUAAACCAAGACGGCCUCCAAAGGUAAAGAAUCACAAUGUACAUAUUCUUUUCAUAUGUCAGGUGAUCUACAUGUAUACAGCUGCUAUCAAAGUUAGCUGAGACAGUUCAUCUGAAAAGACAGUGAUUAUCACUAAGAACAUUCCUCUCACACCCUCUAAAGGAGUUCUGUAAAAAGUAAAAAUUCUUAAGGGCACUCUCCCAGAUUAUCCGGAAGUCUCCCGUUUACGGCACUGAUCUCUCACUCUCCCAUACAGGUCACCAAAUCUCCUGGAUAAAAUGGACUUUUUGUGCUUUAGUUUGAAAUUUAGCCCAUUUUUUCCUCAACAUUCAAACUUUUUUUAUUCAUUGUAAGUUUCUGGGACCAGCAAAGAUUAUUUCAUCAUUGUAAUGAUGAAGGCAAAUUUUGACUUCAUGUAAGACUUCACAUAUGUCUUAAGCCAUGGAGGCUGGGUCAAUUUGUAGGCAGGGGGAGGGGGUAGUGAGGCUGUUGUCAUUUGGGGGCAGGGGAGGGGGGUGUAGUGCAAAACAGAGAGUCUCCAGAUUUUAGAUCUCCAGAGGUUGGGAUCUCUACACAUCCUGUGGUUUGAUUCCUCAUGCAGUGUUGUACCUCAGUUGUCAGUGGUCUGCGAGUAGCUUUAAACACAGCAACAUUAGGGGGGGGGGGAAGAAGGAGGGGGUUAGCUUGUCAGUGUGUUGCCCAAGAUUGAUAAUCCUCAUCCAUUGGGUGAAAAAGCUGUUUUAGCAUUUUUGUUAGACUUAUACUGUGGCUUUAUCAGCUUUACAUAUUUCCUUGCAAGGAAUAUGCAAAUUUAUCAGCACAUCAGCAAUCAUGGAUUGAUUGAUUAUUGUGAAUAUUUAGAAUAUUUCACCCAUCUCGUGACAUCCAGGAGUCCACCUGCAUGCACCAAUUUCUAUCUGGUUAAUUCUCUCAAGAAGUUAGCCUCAGAGACAUCUUGUUAUUGUGAACAGUGUUUUACUAUAGGCACAAUAAUAUUAUACUUGUUUUGUAGGUCCUAGUUUUGGCACCUACCAGAGAACUUGCUAAACAGGUAAAACAUCUUUUUGAUGUUAAUUAGUAAUUUUUUUUAUAUCCAUACAUCUUGACUGUAUAAUAAAAGCAGCCUUUUCAUUAGAUGGGUUCUAUCAUCUCUCUUUUUAUACAUUUUUUCAGAAGCAUUUUAAAGCAAUUUUACUUGAAAGGGAAGUAGGCUUCCUUUCUGUUUUAGAUUCUUUGAUAACGCUAAUGACAGAGUAACUUAAUUGUAAGGAGGGUGUGGACAUUAAGAGAGAAAAAUACAUCAUGUUGAAUCACGUUUUGUAUUAAAUUAGGUCACUAGCUCAUAUUAUAUAGUAAAAUAAACAAUAUUGAUACAAGCCUGAAUUUUUAAGGCCUUUUUUUGCAACUGAAUUAAAGUUGCAUCAAACACUACAUUGAACUUCUGUCCAUUUAAUGUUUCAUCCCAUUCUGGUAUGCUAUAUGAUAUUCAUGUUUUCAUGGAUGUUUGAGAUUCAUAUACAUGUAUGUAAAUUUACUUCUUUAGGUUGGAGAUCAAUUUGAUUUACUCAAGUCAGGUCUGAGUGUACAUUGUGUGUAUGGGGGAGUCGCAUAUGGACCACAAGGUAGAAUUACAUGCACAUGACACUAACAUGUUUUUUUCCCCUUACAAAUUAAAACUUACAAUGUAAUAUUUAAGAUGCCAGACAUACAUGUAUUCAUUUGAAAUUUUGAACCUUUAUACCCUAUUAAACACACAUGUAGCAACGGCAUACUUCUCCCCGCAGUUUUCCCUUGGUGCUAAUGAGGAGAAUUAGUGUGAAAAUAAGGUCAUUUCAUCUCUUAUAGUGUAGUGAUCAUUCCUUAUAUUCUCAUUAACUUCAUAUUUGAUUAAGUAAUAAAAUACAGUAAAGGUACAAUUACCAGUAGAUGCUGGUCUUACGGCUUUAUAAGUUGUGUUCCACCAUCUUUUCAGCACAAGCAAUAAGAAAUGGUUUGGAUGUGAUCGUUGGAACUCCUGGAAGAAUCCUUGAUCUUAUGGUUAAUGGUACUCUGGACUUGACACAGCUAAAGUAAGACCACAGAAUAAAAUAUUUUUAAAACAAAAACACUAUUUCCACCAUUCCUGCCAGACUAAGAUUCCAAGCAUUGUAAUAUUAAGAUAAUACUGGGAAGCUAAAAAUUGGAGUUUUUGUCAGGCCUGCUGGAAUUAUAAAAUAUUUUUAUCCUUUUGCUCUGUUUUACUCCAAAUAAAAAAGCUCUUGUUAACCAGAGACCAUGGACUACUUUAUAUUAGACCACAUGUAUUGCAAGAGAUGUCUAGUAAUCAGAGCUUAGAUCAGCUGAGGUGACAUCUUAGUUUACUUAGCCUGGGUCUGGCUAGUCUGGAAUUACAUGUUUUCUACUUCUUUGGGUAACAUUUAAUUUAAUUCCUGCCUAAAGGCAACAAAUCUAGCUGGUGUUUUAGUCAGCUUGUGUUCAAAAAACAUGUGCGUGUUGUACCCAGAUGAGCUGUUCUGGGUCAAACCCUAGAGUUUCCCAAGGGUCCCUCUCAUAAGUUAACACUGGGGAGGGGAGUGGCUUGGGGGGAGGGGAGUGGCUUGGGGGGAGGGGGGGUGGCUAGCAGGUAAAACUUUCACCUGAUGCGCUGUUGACUAUUUUUACAGACAUGUCGUUAUUGAUGAAGUUGACAGGAUGUUAGACAUGGGUUUUGCUCAGUCUGUAGAGGAUAUCAUUGAAGAAUCAUACCGCAAUGGAUGUAAGUAAUCUUGGCCAAAACUUUAACAAUAUUAUUAAUUUAAGGAACCAAAACCAAAGUUUAAAAUGAGGAAAGGUGAAGGAGUCUACAGUUACAAGAAAAAGAUUGAAUAUCCUUGGAUUUAUAGUACCUCUUAAAAAAACUGGAGCUUAAAAACUUAACCAACACACAACCAUUAAAAUAGAAACUAUACUUCCAGAGCAAAACAUGUGGCCACCCUACAUUGAUAACCCCUUGAAGUGGUGAAAAGUAACUUUUUGACUGGAAAGAAGCAAUGAAUGGUAGUACAUCUCCAUUCUCAGGAUAGACUACAAGAGGAUGUCUAUCUAAGUUUUAAAAAGUAUAAGUGAUGAUUUACCCAAUAUUAAUUGCAUACAGUCAUGUUUUGCUGUGGUAAAAAUCAUUGUAAGAUUAUUGCCUUAAUGCACAAUGUACGAUCAAUUCAUUAGCAAAGGAAAGCAAGCCUCAGACUCUCCUCUUCAGUGCUACAUUGCCUCCUUGGGUUCUUAGAACAGCAAAGAAAUACAUGAGUGAAGACAGAAAAAUAGUGGAUCUUAUCGGAGACCAGGAACUUAAAGCUUCCGAGACAAUUGAAGUGAGACAAUUUACAUGUGCUAUAUAAUUAUGCUAAGAUUCAAUUUAAAACUUAACUUCUAUUCUUUUUAACAGAAUUGGGUGUAGAUCAUGGGAGGUGUUCUGUCUUUGAGACUUGGACUUCUAAUAGAGGUUUAUUUCUUGAACAGGUCAUCUCUUAUUUUAUAUGAAGAGAAUUUGUUUCAAUUUUCAGCUCUGUGGGGGUAUAGCUACCAUUGGAUACCAGACAUACAAAGUCAUAUUAAUAAAAAAUAAAAAAUGCUCAUUGCCUCUCCUCAUCAGAAGUGAUUUCACCGCAAUGUUUUUUCCAGAAAGCAUCUUAUUUUUAUAGUAAGAAACUGACCUCUCGUGUGGCAGGUUUAAAGAAAAUAUCAAAUUAUCACCACAAAAAUGGUCAUAGUCACUUAAAACCAUUCACAGGGGCUCAACUGUAGUUACCUAUUUCUGAAAGACUUGAGCUUAUUGGAAGUUAUGAGAAGUCCUUUCUAUCUGAGGAGAGUUGUUCGAAGUUGGUUAACACACUCCACGGUAUAAAUCUCUAAUCCUUAUCUGCUGGGUAGUGAUUUGUCUACUGAAUAGCACUGUCCAUCAUUUGAACAAUCAGGGUCAGUUUGGUAUUUUAAUCAUCUUGUUUGUUCCUUCAUAGCAUCUUGCCAUCAAGUGUCCAUAUGAGGCCAGAGCCUCUACAAUAAGUGACAUUGUGCAGGUUUGUCCAAGUGCUGUGUUGUUUUAUACCAGACGAUUUAAGGGGUGCAUUGAAAAAUCCUAAGUGUAGCUUACAAAAGUUUUCUGCAUGUAGAAUUCCUACAUACAACCAUACAACCAAUUUUUGUAGUUGAUGUUGUAAUGAUGAUUAUUGCAUAACAUUUUGCCAUAGCAACAGUACAAUCUGUGAUCAACACCCUUAAUUUUUUGUUUGAAUGCAAUUUAUCACUCAAAAACAAGUUUGGUGACUCCGAUUUUUAUUGUGAAAUGUUUGAUUUAUAGCAUGUUAAAGUACAUAGUGCCAAGUUAGAAAGCAAAUUUGUAUAAUAGCAAAUCUAGAUCCACAUUUUGUUUUGAAAUUAAAUUUUUACAUGUAUCCCAGGUUGCUAUUAAUGUAGUCAUGUAGUGUAUGCGUGUCCUUUCCUUUUACAAUGUUGAAUUUGUAAAACUAAACUGUAUUCUGUUAUAUUUAUUAAUUUUUUGGUAGGUUUACUGUGGUGCCCAUAGUAGAACUCUUAUUUUCACGGAGACAAAGAAUGAUGCCAACAAUUUGGCCUUAAAUUCUAUUUUAAAACAGGUUGGUUUUCUACGUAACACUAUUAAUUUUUAAUAGUGUUAAAAAACUUGGAAGCUUCAUGAUUUUAAAAUACAAGUGGUCAUUGCAACAGAAGAAACAGUCUAAGAUGAGAAAAAGUGACGUUGACCCUCAGAGUAGGGACUUGGUCUAAACCCCUAAAGCCCCUAAAAAGGACUUUUGUGCAUAAAUCCUCCAACAUGUGAUCAGUUGAGAAGAAAAGCAAGUUACACCUGCAGUAGCUCGCUGCUGCAAGAGCCAAGUGCACAUGACAGGCUGAUGGGUCGGGGAAACUUUUUUAAUGUGUUCUUCCUUCCCUGUCUCAAUAUAUCAAAUGAUUCCUUGAGUUUAUUCUUGUUUCUUUCUAGGAUGUACAAGUUCUCCAUGGAGAUAUACCACAGGAGCAAAGGGAAAUAACUCUAAAAGUGAGUUUCCGCCAGCAAAUAAUUAUAUGUCUAACAAUUAUUCCUUGAGCCCGAGUGGAUCUCUGACUCAACAGCCCAUGAGGCUAUGAAGGACCACUGAACAUUGGCAAAUUUUAAUCAGACUUUGUCCAGUGGCCAACUAGCAGCUCAGUGAGUGUUACACACGUAACCGAGUAACACUUGAAAAAUCCCUUCUCCUCGGUGGUUUAACAAAGUAAAAGGGGAGGGACUAGACUCGAUGGUAUCAGGUUGUUUCGCCCGAAGGUCGGUUCGCCCGAUGACUAAGUCGAUUUGCCCAAAGUGUAUUUGUCGUUUUUUAAGCCCGAAAAAAGGGAAGAAGAAUGGAAAGUCAGUGACUGCGCUUGUGGAGUCCAAGGGUAACUGAAAUAACAUAUCAAAAGGUAUGUUCACAAUGUUGUAGAGUGUUGCAUCUCAUCGGGCGAAUUGACUAAUAUCCUGGCGAACGCCGUCGGGCGAAACGACUGCAAUUCUCCUCUCUUCUCUGGGAAGAACAAGAUUGGACCCUAGAGAGCGGCGGAAAUCGUGUCAAGAGGUAAAAAGUUCAACAGAAAGUAAUUGCAAAACUAAACUGGAGUCUAGGGGUAAACUUAAUAGGCUCUCGUAUGAAACAAAGUUGAUCGUCUGUCAUAUUUUGUUGACUCGGCAGAGUUUUCGUGAUGGAAAAGUUCGUUGUUUAGUAGCCACAGAUGUCGCAGCAAGAGGACUCGAUAUUCCAGAAGUAGAUCUUGUUGUACAGAGUGAACCACCGAAGGUAAUGCAGUUGUCAUGUAAGGCUAUGUUCAUAGUAUACUGAGUAGCUUUCGCGCCGGAACGAAAACCAUACCGGAUAGAGCUUCUGUUCACAUAUAAGAACGGUGAUUUCUGCGCGAUUUCUGUGACGGAGUGAAGCUGCGCUGCGCCGCGCCGAUCUCUAAAGUAUAGGGACACAUAUCGGAUAAGUGUUCAUACUCUACCGGAGAGCUUUUUGUAUCAGCGAGCAUUUCAAAAGCAAUUACAAUUAGAUGACCAUAAACAGAACGAAAACAAUUUUGUGCACUUUUUAUUUGUUUUGUUUUGUUUGUUUUUGUUUUUUUUUUUGUUUUUACCAGGGCUGGCACCGUCCGGGGUAUUCAAUUCAAAGACAGGCUAUGUGCUGACUGAGCAAUAGCUUACAAGAACUUAAAAACAAACGAAAAAAAAUAGCCGCGGUGAUUCACAAAAGUAGUCGGUAGCUUACCGGAGCGGUCGCUUACGAAAGCUUUUCAUCAUAGCGUUAAAAAAGUCACGGAACAAAUAUAUUUAAAACGGGGUCUCACAAUGUUGGUCUUAAGGAGGGCUGGUUGUUUACGAUAGUGGUCGCAAAGCGAUUGUCGACUGUGGUAAAACUAGCCAUGUUUAGUUUACAUACAGUGUAUGUGUAUUGAAUUCAAUUCUUUUGGCAGGAUCUUGAUACUUACAUUCAUCGUUCUGGUAGAACAGGAAGGGCCGGCCGCAGCGGAAUCAGCAUCGUGUUUUACAAACCUAACCAAGAAGCUCAGCUUCGUGCCGUUGGAAAAAGAGCUGUAUGUAUACUAUGUGAUUCUAUCCCAAUCUGUUCUUAAUUUGUUGUUGUAGUCAAGUUCAAAAGAAAGAGGGGAGUCAAAAUUUCAUUAUUGAUGGUUAUGAAGUAGUAUUAGGCCUUGUUUAGAUCAAAGCGGCAACAGAGGAAACGUUUUUUUAGUGUAAUCCCAAGAUAAGGAGAAGGCAUAAACGAAAUCUUGCGGAAACGUAAGGAGUGAAAUAUUUCUUUUCCUUUCACUUGUCGUUUCCGCUUUUGAUAAACAUCCGUCGUAUAUCAUUACGCUGGUACAGACCUUGCGAUACGACAACGGUGACGCCAGUAAAAACGUCAAUGAAAAACCGAAUUCGCGUCCUUUCAAACUCUUUUGUUGCUGUUGUCCGCUUCCUUUGCUUUAGCGGUUAGCGUAAGCAAGCAGCAUGAAAAUUCAGAGUUGUGACCAAAACGUAACCUCACUUUAUCGUCCACUCAUGAUGGUUUGUUAAAUUAGACCGAUUAUUGCACACGUAGAAGUUUGAAUCUUGAGAAUGGGUGGAAUGAGUGAACCGAUAUGGUAACGUACUGGUUGUCAAAUAAUUUUUUCCCCUAUAAUUUUGUUCUUAGGGGAUCUCGUUCAAAUACAUCCCACCACCACAACCAGCUGACAUUGUCAAAGCUUCGGCAUCAGAUGCUCAAAGGUAAGAUCUUCUGUUAUUAUCACAGACUGCCAUAAUUUAUUGGGACAAACAGGUUAGUGAACGACCUUGUUGAAACCGACCUGGGGCCCGUUUUACGGGCCCGAAAUCAAAUAUUCAAAUCGAAAUAUAAAGAAUAAGAGCGCGGGUCCUGGCUAGGAAACUACUCCAUUUUGUUUCAUUAACUGACAGUUUUAUCGUGUUAGAUGCAAAACUAUUGAAACCUCGGUCUUUAAUGUAAACGGAGACAGCUUACCGGGCCCGUUAAUUAUCGGGACUUUCGAGAAACGGGCCCCUGGCCAUUGUGAGGUUCGCGUGAGACUGCGUCAGUGUUGUGCCGAAUUGCACUUUGGGACUGUUUGGGGACGCAAUCGCUUCGCGCACCCCGUGAUAGGGAAUCCGGAUUGCGGAAUUUAGGAAAUUUUUGCCCGUGGAAUAAGGAAUCUGGAAAAUCCGUCUUGCUUAUGGAAUGGGAAUCCUAGGCUUUGAAAUCCGGAGUACAGCUCUAGGAAUCCUGGAAUCUUACUAGCGAUUGAAAUCGGGAAUCCAAGUUUCACUGACAAAGAAUCCGGAGUCCAGUGCCUGGAAUCCAGAAUCCAAUACUGGCUUGGAUUGCCUUCCGUGGGGCGAAACACUUCUUUCAUUGGCUAUUGCAAAAUUGUGUGGGGAACUGGGUCAAAAUCCGGCCCUAAAACAGUUCCAUAGUGCAGUUCGACAACCCAGUCUACAGUAACCUGUAGUAACCUCAAAAUGACCAGUAAACAAGCUCUACCCGAUAAGUAUGAAUCGUGAAAAGUCUCUUUCGCCACACAUGGAGUAAUUUCCUUGUUAGCCAGCCUAUCUGGCGAUGUUGUUUGUCUAGCGGGCAAAUGAGUUGCAAAGCGGUGGGGAGGAUGGGGUUGAAACGCUUCUCAGCUCGUUCGUGUGCGGUUGCAGUUUUUGCCAUUCAAACCGCUAGCUGCACAGGGUAUUUUCUUCAUAUUUUUUUCUCACUGUAGGUUUGUUGAGGCAGUUUCACCCGAGGUGUUAGAAAUGUUUCGUGAAGCUGCUCAAACUUUGGUUGAAAAGAUGGGAGCAGUAGAUGCUGUUGCCGCAUCGCUGGCGCACAUUUCUGGAACAAAGGAAAUCAAAUCACGCUCGCUUUUAAAUGGAAGAGAGGUAGUUAUCACGUGAUCUAGGAUUAUUCACGUUUUCUAGGAAGUAAACGGGGUCUGGUAGAAUUUUAUUGUGUUUCUUGGGCACUUAAAACAGAUUAAUCGUGACUGUAAUUUCAUGGUUUGGCUGUAAAAUCGACACCAGUCACUUCGGGUGAAACUUUUUAUCGUUGGUUGGGCACUUUUUUUCGUAAAACUGAAAGAGAAAUUUUUGGAGACUUAAAUGGAGCUAAAUUUCACUGAAAUCUUGAUUACAUGUACUUAUUUUACUACUCCUUGUAACAAACAAACGAGGGUUAAUCGCGGUUUCUGCCAACAUUUUUGUGUGACUCCCCGGAGAUUUAAUAACAAAUGCAUUGAUCAUUCUUUCAGGGAUUUACAACUUACAUGAUGUCUACGAAUUAUGAGAUUCGUGGACCGGGUUAUAUGUGGCGAGUACUGGAGAACAACAUUCCCGACGUGAAAGAGGAGAUUGAACAAAUGAAAAUGUGCAGCGACAGAAAGGUUUGAAUUUUGGAUGUACUUGUCUGGUAAUUAAUUUAAUUAUAAUUUGUUAACCCACGGAACACUUACUAGUUCUUGAGAACUCGUUGAAACGUGUCCGUGCGUUUCAGAUCGAAUAGGAAUUUGGAAGUGUUGGUUUUUAAGGAGAAGGGAAAACCGGAAUACCCGGAGAAAAACCUCUCGGAGCAAAGGAGAGAACCAACAACAAACUUAACCCACAUUAUGGCAUCAAGGAUUAGAACCCGGGCCACGUUGGGUAUUUUUCAUUGGAAUACUCAGCGGGAACCUCUUUGGAGAAGAGAGAUCCCCACCCCCACCCCCUAAACUGGAGGGGGUUGAGUGGAGGGUUAAUUGUUAAAUAAAUUGUUUUAUAGUAGCAUAUUUAUUUAGUUUUUGUUUGUUUGUCAGUUCACAAUUUAUUCAUCCAAUCACUCAUUUUUUUUUUUUUUUUUUAAACAGAGUGUGGUAUUGGAUGUGCCAAGUCAUCAUGAAAAAGCAUUCGAGGUUAGUUAAUAACACAGUUAUACUUAUAAAACAGUUUUAUGCUUAUUGUUAAUUUGUUUGUUUGUUUAUGUAACUGUUCAAAGUGAAGAAAUUGGUUUGUCAAGGUAGUUAAACGUUUUCUUUCUUCCUCACGUCGCUACUAUGGAGAGAAAUCAUUGUAAUUCUCCAGGAACGGUGAAGCAUAAUAUAUACUGCCACCAUGUUUGGACAGGCAGAGUGUAAACACGUGCCUUAUGGGUUAAAAUACAAAGAAAAUACAACAACAAUACCUCAAAAAAGCGUCCUGACCGGGGGCAUUCUGUUUCUUCGUUUUCAAUGCUCUUUGUUUCGUUCAAAGAAUUCUUUUGUCAUCCUCUGAACCCACUGCAGUGGCACUCCUUGAUAGCGACCCAGCUUGCUUCUCUCUUAUGACGAGUUUGAAAAUUUAGACCCAUAUUCAGCUCAGCAAGCUUCUCCUCCACAUUUUAGGUGUACUUAGCGACCGGAAAAUUAGCAGGGGCUCCGUGAAGUGUUCCAGAAAGCUCGAAAAUAAAAAGGAAAGUUUUUCUGCUUCGACAACAAUGUCCAACUUAUGUGUUUCGCCGCAGUUUGAGAAACGAGGGCGGACGAAAGUGCUUACUUUGUCUCGUCGAGAUGAUUGUUAAAACGCUCAAGUACUUCGUCCACAUUAUCGGAACGAGAUAACUUUCGCUGUCCCUGUUAGAUGUUUUUCGCUCCGAAAAAGACGAAAUUGCGACGUUAAAAUGAAUAACUUUUCAGCAAUAACCACCGUGUAGCAACCUCGAACCGCACGUAUAACGGAGUUUAAGAUGCAAGGUACGGCGGCCACGGUGCCGAGAGCGUCAAAGAAGCAAAAGUUUUGUCGAGCAAAACAACAAAGCACGUGCAGCAAGCUUUUUGUACUGCACGACUACGACGUGAGAAUGCCCAGUGUUUCACGUUUUAUGGAGGACGCAAACAAGCGACCACGAAAUUUUCUUUGUCUUUCUGAACUUGGAUAUGGUUCUUAGGAAUUCAGCUCCAGAGGGGUUUGCUUGUAUUUGACAAAAGCUGACAAAGUUUGACAAAGUAUUAAAGCUAGCUGGGAUAAUCGAGAUAGAGAUUGAAAGAACGCGAAUUCACUUUCGCAGGUUAUUUUUAGCGCGGUUUUCGGGCAUCAAAGAGAGUGGAAAUCCUUUAAAGCACUGGCUUUUCGGUUUUGUGUGGAUGAGUUCAUACAUCAUACAUAACUAGCAUUACGCGUGCUGUUUUGAGGAUGCUAUGAUAUUUCAAGCGUUUCUAUUUGGACGGCUGGCGAAAACGACUCAAUUACGCGUCAGAUGGACGCGUAUUUUUUAUUUAUUUAUUUAUUUAUUUAUUUAUCUCCGAUUUCAAAAACAUCCUGAUACGUGUAGACAGGCCCUUUGACUCUCUCUCUCUCUCUCUCUUUCUGCUUUCAAGACCAUUUAGUAAAAAAUUGUAUUUUGUUUAUUUAACAGGACUGCUGGACCGAGGGCAAGGCUGGAAGAAACAUCACUGUGGAAAGAAUAUCAGAAUUACCAGAACUAUAUGAAAGACCACGGUUUGGUCAGAUGGGAUCUUCUCAACACUUUGGAGAAAGAUACAGUCAAGGCAGAGAUGUAUACCAGAGAUACGGCCCAGGACAGUUUGCGUCUAAAGGCUACGGUGGAAAGGAAUCGUUCAGAAGAGAUUUCAGGCCGAAUAGAUUUCCUGAAGGAAAACACAGGGACCAUGUCAUGAAUCAACACAGAAAGAACAUUAGUCAGAAAUUUGACGACUGGCUAGAUUAA